AUGCGCUCAGAUCCAGGAUCACGCUGGACAAAUAAUAUUGAUAACACAUUAUCAAUAAUCCAACCAAUCUCUGGAUCCCUCUCAGGGAAAGUAAAUCUUCCCUGUUUCUUCUCCACAAUUCCAACAUCAGCACCAGUCAUAGGUACAAAUAGAACAGGCAAUUAUGGCAAAGAUUACUUACGAAUCAAAUGGACCAAAAUAAAAGGACAGGAAAAGUCUACAGUGUUGGUGAUGCAAAAUGGGGUCAUCAAGAUGAACCCCAUCUACAGGAACCGUGUGUCAGUGCCCAGUCACCCUGAGGAUGUCGGUGACGCCUCCUUGACUAUGGUCAAGCUGCGAGCGAGUGAUACUGGGACUUACAGUUGUGAAGCCACAUACGGCAUUGACGAUACGCAUGAUGUUGUUAACCUGGAUGUCAGUGGUGUUGUUUUUCACUAUCGAGCAAGCACCAGCAGGUACACCUUAAGUUAUGAGAAAGCUGUCCAAACUUGCAAAGAUAUUGGAGCAAGCAUAGCUACCUAUUCCCAACUGAAAGCAGCUUAUGAAGAUGGAUUUGACCAGUGUGAUGCCGGCUGGAUUGCUGACCAGACAGUGAGAUACCCAAUUACCAGACCAAGAGAUGGCUGCCUUGGAAACCUUAAGAUGUUACCUGGUGUUCGGACAUAUGGAGUUAGAAACCCUUCAGAGACCUAUGAUGUAUACUGUUACGUCGAUAAACUUGACGGUGAAGUCUUUUAUGCUCCUGCGGCGGGAAAGCUAACUUUUUUAGAGGCCACUGAGGAGUGCAAAAAACACAAAGCUGUCUUGGCGUCCACUGGCCAACUCCAUGCUGCUUGGAGAAUGGGACUGGACAGAUGCGACUACGGCUGGCUCUCUGACGGGAGUGUACGGCACCCUGUUGUGCAUCCCAGAAUUCCAUGUGGCGGAGGCCUAAUGGGUGUCAGGACAUUGUAUCGCUACAGAAAUCAGACCUGCUUUCCAGAACCUUUUAAGAAGUUUGGAGCUUACUGCUUUAGAGGAAUGUAUUCAUGUAAGGAGAACAUUUGUCUGAAUGGAGGAUCUUGCUUCAAAAGUGGCGGCAUCUAUUCAUGUAGCUGUUCUCCGGGUUACACUGGUCAUCAGUGUGAAAUGGACAUAGAUGAGUGCCAGUCAAAUCCAUGUCGUAAUGGAGGCACAUGUGUUGAUGGGCUGGCUUCCUUUACAUGUGUGUGUCUCCCAAGCUACUCUGGGCUUUACUGUGAGGAAGACACUGAAACAUGUGACUAUGGUUGGCACAAGUUUCAAGGCCAUUGCUACAAAUUCUUCCCCCAGAGGAAAGGUUGGGACUCUGCAGAGCGAGAGUGCCGCAUUCAGGGAGCUCAUCUCACCAGCAUCCUUUCCCAUGAAGAACAACAGUUUGUCAACCGUCUUGGACAGGAUUACCAGUGGGUUGGCCUGAAUGAUAAGAUGUUUGACAAUGACUUCCGCUGGACUGAUGGCAGCCCUGUGCAAUAUGAAAACUGGAGACCCAACCAGCCUGACAGCUUCUUUUCAUCUGGAGAAGACUGUGUGGUGAUGAUUUGGCAUGAGGGUGGCCAGUGGAACGAUGUCCCCUGCAACUAUCACCUAACCUUCACAUGCAAGAAAGGCACAGUGGCCUGCAGCCAGCCCCCUCUGGUUGAAAACGCACGUACAUUUGGUAGAAAGCGUGAGAGGUAUGAAAUCAACACACUGGUGAGGUACCAGUGUCGAAAUGGGUUCAUUCAGAGACAUGUUCCAACCAUCCGCUGCCGUGGCGAUGGACGGUGGGAUACACCUAAAAUCACCUGUAUAAGCCCGUCAAGCUAUCAGAGGUCCUUCAUGAGAAGACAUCAACCCCAUGCUCUAUACAGUAUCAAUAAUUUCAAAAAAUGGCAGGAUGAGACCUUGCGCCAUCAGCGGAACAGGGGAAGGAGAGACAGAACAGUACAAAAGAGGACAAAGCAAUGAUUUCCAAGCGAAAUCAAGAACACUUGCUUGAUGGUUGGAAGAAAAGAAGACCAGAGAAAUCAAAGUGCAUUAAAAAAAACCUCAUUAACAGAAACCGAGGAUAAACUGCAAGGUUCUUGUAUUUACAAUGACAAUAAUAUCUUAUAAAGUGCCUUUGAAAUAAUUUUAGCUCACGAUUCAUGUCAAGAGAGACUUCUGCAUUCAUAGUGAGGACAAACUCUUUCAGCUGGCUUCUGGAAGCACAAUGAGUUGUCUAAUUUGAUAUUCUUUUAUGUUUUUUUUAUUAUUAUUUCAUGUUGACUAAUUAUAUGAAACAUUCAUUGUUGCUGUUUGAUGCAUCAACUGUGCUAUUUAAAGCCAAUGCAAGUGACCAACAUAUAUAGAAAGAACAUAAUACGGCUUAUGUCACAUAAAAAGAAUUUAUUUUGUCGUCGUCCUGUUUAAUGCUGGAAUGCAUGAAUGCAUACGCAUAAAUAUGUUUUCUCAAUUUAAUCAAAGAGACUACAUGUCAUGAGUUGUGGUUUUUUCUCGGAUUGCAAAUAGGGCUAAUAAUUAAUAUAGUGCACAAGAUUUUUGUUGUUUUAAUAUAAAAAAAACUUUUUUCUCUAUGAACAUAGACUAAAAAGGCUUGAAAAACAUUGCUUGAAAGUAUUUUCACAGGCAAUAACAACAAAUAGCCUUUUUCUCACCAGGGAAAAUCUAUUUGGUGGCAGCUUUCAAAGGUUCGAAUUACCAGCUUUCCCCGUUUUCUUCCUUUUAGCAACAUUUAUGUACAUGUCUAUAUCGACAAAAUCUUUCAAAUAUUACCGGCCUGACUUUUGUAUGAUACAGUUUUGAAAGGUUCCUCUCUGAGUACCUAUUGACAAAACACAGACAGAAACUGAUGUUUUUCUAUUUCAAAAUGAGUGAAAAACCACCAAGUGUAGCUCAAGCAGCCUGUAUUUCUAUUCAGCUCACAAUCCUUUGGUACAGCAUGUUUACAUUACUGUUCUGCUGUUAAUUAUAACACAUCAAAAAUAAUCUUUUGUCAUGUGUUUUGGUUGUGUUUUACCAUAAAAAACAUUUUCUUUUAAAGUUUUCUUUUGCUUUUUUUUUUACUGUGCUUCACUGCUUUUGAUGCACAUCAAAUCAGCCAUUGAGAGAAUGUAUUUUUGUGAAACACUCAGAGACUUGAACACUAAAGCUGUUGGGGUGAAAGAGAUACAAAUAAUUUAUUUUCAAGCUGCUUUUUAUCUCCUCGUGUGUAUUAUACUGACAAGUAAAAUGUGUUGAUGUCACUGGUCCCAGCAGUGCUCUUUUUAUGUGUAUGUUCAAUAGAAGACAAGACAUGCUCAGAAUGUCUAAACCUGAUGCAAUAAAGACAGAAAUUUACUCAUUUUAUGCAGUUUAAUCAGUUUAUAUGCCCUUUAGCAUCUCUUAAUACCACAGUGAACCAAGAGACAUGGAGGGCACGAUAAGCAAUAAUUUUGUUCUGAAAUAGUGACAAAAUCUAUUUGUACAUGUGAAUGGCUGUGUCUCUGCAACAGUUCUAUUGGAGCAAUGUUGCUUUAUUUGGUCUGCCUGUGAAUGUUUAAGUGCGUUUUUGCCCUAUUGUGCACAUAAUAUCAUUUUAUAUUUAUAUAACAAUUUUUUUUUCUACUUUACAAUGUGAAUGUAUGAGAAGUUUGUGAAUUGUUUUAUUUUUUAAAAGAUAAACUUUUUUUUCUUCUUUAACUCA